AUGAAUCCAGCUAGGAGAAACAAGAUUGACCUCGAUAAACUAACUGAAGAAGAGAGGAAGCAUUUCCGGAUGUAUGGAAAGUUACCAGCAGGAAAAGCGGGAAAGGAUCUUAUAUCUCACAAAUUAAAGGAACGAAAGUAUUUUGAUUCCGGAGAUUACGCUCUUUCCAAAGCUGGAAAGACUUCAGGUCCAGUCGGUGUUCAACACCCUUCACCUGAAACAAUUCCUCACUCGAAUGCAAUCGCAGCCGUUACCCACAAUUCCUCACCUGUGAAAGAAAGUUCUCUCGUACAUGAGACUGAAAUUGAUGAAAAAGCAGAUACCCAAUCUGCAGACGCAGACAAUCAAACUACCUCACUUUCCACAUCAAACCAAACAACACCAGUUCCGGUGAUCCCAGAACCAACACCCGCUUCUACUCUAAAUUCUUCUACAACUUCUUCAACAACAACAACCAAUAAUUCAUGA